AGAAUUCUGAGAAACACCAAAGUGAGAACACAUCCGGAAUCUCCUUGCCACUAAUAUAAUAUUAAGAAGUUGGAGUAAAAAAUGAAUUAUAACGAUUGAUCACAAGGAGACGCGUGACGUAUGAGGCCAAGCGAAGCUGAACUAUAUUUGGGUGAAUAAUGGGAGAAAUAGUGCAAGAAGAGAGCAAUAAACAAGAAGAAAUAUUCAUUACGGAAGAGGAUGAAGAUGCAGAUGAUGAACAGAGACUGGUGAUCUCUGAUGAUAAACACACCGACUCACCGUUCUCAUCAGCUGUACGUUUAAUCAGUGCUGUAAUGGACGAGGAUGCAAUGGAUGAUUCGCCGCCAGAUUCAAAGCAGGUAAUAAUGAAUGAUGAUGGGAAAAGUAUUCCGAUUGUGCAGUCAUCUCGAAAGGAAAUUGCAUCAAAAACUACGGAUAUCGUGUUUUCCUGGCAAGAAUAUCUGAAGGAAACUGAAGCUGUUUCUGCACCGGAGGAUUGCUUUUAUCAAGACCCUAUACCACCUAAAAAUAAUUUUAUUAUUGGCAAAAAGGUGGUAGUGCCAGAUCCAAGAGGGAAGGAAGUGCAAUGCUUAUCAACAAUCGUUGCGGUUCAUUCACUUUGGGUAUGUCUUCGACUCGAUGGCGAAGAUGGAAGUAAUGACCACUGGCUUAUAUGUGAUGACGAACGAAUCAAACCGGUUGGAGAAUGCGAAAGAAAUGGUCUAGUUUUGCAGCCUCCAUUUGGUUUUAUGUAUAACUUAGCCUCGUUUCACAAAUUCAUUGAAAAUCAGUUAAAACCCACGGCAGACGGUAGCAUUCCAAUUGCAUCUUCAGAAUGUUUCAAACCGAUUUCGUUCAAAUACCAUCCAAGGAAGAAUACAUUUCAAGUGGGUAUGAAAUGUGAGGCAAUUGAUCGCAAGAAUUUCAACGGUCGACCAUGUCCGGCAACUGUGGUUGAUAUAAAGGGCGAUUAUCUAACAAUCAGUUAUGACGGUUGGAAUAAAGCUUAUGAUAGUAGGGAACGUUAUGACAGUCGCUUCAUUUUUCCAGUUGGAUGGGCUGCUAAAUGUGGCCUUGAAGUGCAACCACCGAAUCGUAUAAGAGGGAAAGUUCUGCAACGAAUAGUACAAAAAGACACGUUGCCGAAAGCUCCGAAGGUCACUGCUUCGGAGAAAUCGAAAAAGGGCAAAAGGAAAUCAGCAGACACGAAAAACGGUUCUCAGCGAAAACGAAAUCGAAAGCGGAAGCGAAGUUUUCCGAUUCCCGAUCCUCAUCAUAACUCUUCAGAUGGUUCUUGCUCAUCUCAUUUACUUGAUAUAAUUGAUCAGAUCGCUAAACAAACGCAUACGAUGGAGGCAAGUUCUGCUAGUGGUGCAUCGGACCAGCAGAUAGUGACCAGUGCAGUGGAUGCAGUUGCAAUUCUAGACGAACCUCGUGCACGAAAAACGGUGCCCUCGCCAGUUCUUCCGGGAGGCUCAGUUAUGAGGCAGUCUCGAAAGGCUGUUCCCUCUCCAGGUGGUAUGCAAAAUGCGCUCACUGCUCCAGAUGUUAUUCUCUCAACGACUGAUAUGCAGCCAGAAGUCUAUAAAAUGACUGUUUACUUAAAUCGAGGUUGUCGAUGUACACCCAUUCUAAACGCUUCACUCGUUCGUAAAUUGCCGGAGAAAUUUGGACCUGGCACUUUGCAUCAUAUUUUAAGGGAAACAGUGCAACAAAUCAUAAAUUGUGCCGUUGAUCCCUCUUUUGUGUUUAAAAAAAUUGAUCCUGGAAAUCUAAGGAUUUUAUCUGUUACUGCUGAAAUCCACGGAGUGACACAUGUGCGUGCUAUACCGGCACUGAAGACUCUUGCCUCUGCAUGGGAUUACUUGCAUGCUUUUAUUUCAAAAUUAAAUGUGUGUCGGAACUUUUUGACGGAAGAACCGAUCUGUUGUUCAUUAUGUUCUUGCCCCAGUGAUGAUGGAGUUGUGAGUACUACCGCAGGUGGCGGUGUACUGAAAUGCGGUACCGAGAGUGAUGAUUCUGAAGACUACGAAGGUCAUCAGUACUCAGAUUUAGCAGAGUGGUCCAUGCAGCGUGUUGCAAAUGAAAUUGAAAAUAUGUUUGAUGCAAGUAUUGCGGAAAAAUUCUUGCAAAAUCAAAUUGAUGGCAAAGCGUUAAUUUUAUUAACAACUGAACUAUUGAUACGACAUCUGGAGAUGCCAUUUGGUCCGGCUUUGAAAAUGAUGUCAUACAUUGAAUCACUGAAGCGCAAAGCAUGGCGCACAACCUCUCAUAGUACAAAAUAAGUAUUGUUUUUUCUUCAUUGUUGGCAUUUUUGAUUUCUAUUGGAAGAUUCCGUUCUGUUUUAUAAAUAUUGUAAUUUUACAGUAGAUACCUCAUAUCCGGGGGUUAAUUACGCGAUUUGGUUGCGCAUGAAGUAAUC